UGGACCUACCUUCUGACCAUCCUGCAUAGUCCUUAAUUUGUACUUAUAGUAUUGGCUCUCAAUAAGCUGUUGAGAAGCUAUCUAUUUCCUCUUCCUCUAGCUGUUCAUCCUUUUUCAGCUUCAAAGCUCCUUCACAAGUAAAUUUUCUUCCAUUUCCUCUCCUUCACAAAACCUCUCUCUCUCUCUCUCUCUCUGAAGUACUAUUUCAGUAUUUCUUGUGUCUCUCUCAGGAUUUCAAUUACUAAAUAAACUCUCCUUGUUCUUUUUCUUCUUAUGCUUGGUCUCAUAAUUUCUAGAAUUGGUUAUUUAUCAUGUUCUCUUUGUAGUUUUCUGCUGCUUCUGCGUUUUUUUUUGGUCGGGUACUUUCUUCCUCUAAACAUAGCAUAGUCAUGGCAAUGGUUACGUUGACAUCAACCCGCAACACCAAUCUCUCACAAACCUUAUCCUUAGAAAACCACCACCACCUCCGCGACGCCUCCUUUUCUUCAUACCUAAAUGAUGCUGAGAAUUCAUUGACCACCACUACGCAUGAGCACCUUUCCUUGGGAGGAAAGAAGAUUGAAGAUGGAGAAAUUGACGUAUUCGGAGCUGAGAAAUACUUCAACGAAGGAAUGGAUGAGGAGAAUCCAAGAAUUUCCGACAAGGGUGCAACAAGGUACCGGCAUCAUGAGAAGGAUGAAGCGGUUGAUAUAGGCCCCAGAAAACCAAAACCCCAACUAGGAACUCAGAGUGUUCCUUCUGAAUCAAGUCGGAACAGCCAAAGCAUGUUAUUGCAUAGUGUCCAGAGAAAUUUAUCGCGAAGAAAGACAAACAAGAUACAUCGUGGUAAGAGUUUCUUUGCGAGUCUUGGUUGCAAUUGCUCUUGUAAUGACAAGGACUCUCUUGAUAUUGAUGAGCAUGCUUGCGAAAACAAUUCAAGCAGAGGCCUAAAGUGUGGGGUACUUCAUGGCAAAACAACCGGAAAAGGAACUGUCAAAACUGGCCUUGUUUCGAUUGAUUUGGCUCCAAUCAAUAAAUCCCAUAUGGAUGCAUCUCUGAAGGAGGACUUGAAUUCUAGGAGAGGAAAGCUGGCAGUUGAAAUGCAAUCACAAGAAGAGGAAGAAGACGAACCGCGAAAGUCACUAGAGGUGUUUGGCUCCCCUAUCUUGGAGAAGGGAAAGAGAAGAAAUUCAAGGGUUGAGAGGAGAUUAGCCGCGUUGAGUUGGGAUGCAAUUCCAAGGGUGGAAGAAACCGAAAUCUCAGCAAGUUCUGUUGGAAUGGACAAUGAUACAGAAAGUGAUGCAAGCUCAGAUUUAUUCGAGAUAGAGAGCUUCACAAACAAUGCCAAGCCUUUUCUUGCUAGGCAGGCCUCUGCAGGUUGCAUGUCUGGCUAUGUCACCCCAACCACUUGCUAUGCUCCAAGUGAAGGAAGCAUAGAGUGGACUGUUGUCACUGCCAGCGUCGCGGAUUUCUCAGUGAUGUCCGAUUCUGAGGAGCUAAGAACAGCAACAAACUCCACAAAUCUCAACAGAAUGGUUCCAGCUGCCAAAACUGCUCCAAGCAAAGAGAUACAGAAGCGACUACCGAGUCUGCUGAGCUGCAAGAGCCACAAAUCUGUGAGAAUUGCAGGAGAUGCAUAUAGAACAAGUAAAACUGCAAGUCCUGAACCAAGAAGGCACCACAGGUCAGCCUCCUUUGCACCGGUGACAAGGUUUCGAGCUGAAACUAAGCUGACAGGCAUUGAUUCCAGAAACCGCGCACAAUCUGCACGCGCUUUGCAUCUUUUGCCUAUUCACUAACAAAGAAUUGCAUCAAAUAUACGAAAACUUUUCAUUGUAAGUUGUAUCGAGUAUGGUAGAUCUUUCACUUCACUUGUAGUGGCAAUAAUUUGCAGCCCAGGUUGUAGUUCAUAAUCAAAGCUUAGAAUCUAUUGAUGUUUUUUGGGUGUA